AUGAAAUCUCCCGCCCAAGAUUCCAAACCCCAAAAACCCCUUCAAAACGCCCCUUUCACCCGUUUGCCCACUUCAGAGACCCUUCAGCCCACCCCUAAUCCCGAUUCAGACUGAGAAGAGUUCCUCGGUCCGCCUGAACGCCAAACAAAUACUCUAUGUAAACUAAUCGAGCAGCUUCACAUCACCCAGCAUGAGACAGCCAGUUCUGAAGAAGAACCGAAGGUAACAAAGGAGAAAGGAAAUAGGUGAUUUUUGAAUGAGCUUGCGAGAUUAGAGGUUAUAAGAAAACAGAAGGAUCUGGGAUUCAAGAGCAUGUGCAAAUAGCAACUUAAAUGGGCUGGGAAAGAAGUCAGAGGAGGCUGGAAUAGCAGAAAGAUCUGGAGAUUCAGAACCCUUGAACAGGAAAAUGUCGAAUAACUACAAAGCCAUCCUUCUUGACAAGUUGUUAUAGAGUUCUCAUUGGACUCUACUGAAAAACUUCCUGAAAAUCCAACCACUUUAGUAUGUAAAGUGCCUGAUACGGAACCAAGAGAACUGGGGAAAAGAUGAUCGAGAAAGCAGCGAGAUUUUGACUACUAA